GUCUGGCCACGAUCAGCAGCACGGUGGCCGCCAAUAAGACAGACAUCACCAAACUGCAGACAAGACCGGACGCCGCUCCAAAGGCAUACAAGAUGCCGCGCUUCAACAUCGGCAAGUUUGCCGACUACAACAAGACGGACACUCUGACAUGGCUACCUCUCUAUACAGCCCAAUGACAUGAUGAAAGCGCUCUACCUCCAACUCAUAGGAGCACAGGCAUGGAUGGAAGAUACCGCAGCCAAUUUGAAAUGCACCAUCGCUCAACUCCACACGCACAUUCCGUGGAAGGAGUUCGAGCAAAUGUGGUUCACUCGAUUCAUGGUCCGCAACGUUGUAAAGGCGGCCAUGAACGAGGUUUACACCAGCUCACAAGGGAACAUGCCAACUCGAGACUGGACGAUCAAGUGGCAGAAGAUAGUAACCACUCCAAGCUUCGACUUGAGUUUUCCAAACCAGCAAUCCGAAUUCUUUUCGCGAUCGUGCGUAGGACUGCGGACGACACUCGGCAACGAGUACGACUAUGCCUCAUUCCACGUUAUUCUGGAUCGUGCGAACCUGGUCAUCCAAACGGAUGACAAGGCUGCUAACGAACGGCAGUCCCAACCGCAUGCCGUGAUUUCUGACGAAUCAAUCAAUCUCCACGCUGCAGCAGCAUCCUCGAGUGAUGGAGUUACCGCAGCGCUCCCGCUAAUUCACGGCGCCAUAGCUCGGAACGACGUAGAGGAGAUUGGUCUUGUGUUUCUACAUGCUCUCCCCUCGUCGGACGGUCCAGCCGCGUCACCGCCGGACCCACGCAUUACUCACCUCUUGGACGGGUAUGGAGACAUCUUCGAGGCUCCCACCGGAACGGUUCCGGAUCGGCCCAUACGUCACGGGAUCACUCUCAAGGCAGGUGCCGUCCCUCCGUGUGGAUGCAUUUACCGCAUGAGCGAAGAGGAACUCGAAGUGCUUCGCGCACAACUCGAUGACCUUCUCGACAAGGGCUGGAUUCGCCCUAGUUGUUCGCGAUACGGUGCGGCAGUUCUCUUCGUCCGGAAGAAGAACAAGGACCUACGGCUGUGCAUUGACUAUCGAAAACUUAAUGCACAAACUGUUAAGAACGCCGGCCCUCUCCCUCGGAUUGAUGAUCUCCUCGAGCGAUUGGGCGGCACAACGUACUUCUCGAAGUUGAAGUCGGGUUACCAGCAGAUUGAAAUCCAGCCUCAAGAUCGGUACAAAACCGCCUUCAAACCGCGGUAUGGGCAUUUUGAGUGGGUCGUGAUGCCAUUUGGACUCACCAAUGCCCCUACAACUUUCCAAGCAGCCAUGACAACGGAGUUCCGAGACUUGCUCGAUCGUUCCGUCCUCAUCUACCUCGAUGAUAUCUUGGUCUAUAGCAGGACGCUUGACGAGCACCUCGUACACCUCCGUGUGGUGUUGGAUCGUUUGCGAGCAGCCAAGUACAAAGCCAACCGCGACAAGUGCGAAUUCGCCAAGCAAGAGCUUAAGUACUUGGGCCAUUAUGUGACGCUGAAAGGCAUUUUGGCAGCUCCUUUGUCGAGACUUCCGUCCCCGAAGGCACCAUUCGAGUUCGACGAUGCAGCUCGUGGCGCGUUCAAUACGUUGAAGGCGGCGAUGCAAAAUGCACCGGCCCUCGGUAUCUAUGAUCCCACCCUACCCACCCAAGUGACUACGGAUGCUUCCGGGUACGGUAUUGGUGCGGUAUUGGAACAAUGCCACACGGAUGGUUGGCACCCGAUCGAGUACUUCUCCCAAAAAGUGCCUCCCAUCAACACUCUCGACGACGCUAGGAAGAAAGAGUUACUCGCGUUUGUCACCGUUCUCAAACGGUGGCGCCACUUUCUUCUCGGUCGUCGACGUUUUAGAUGGAACACGGACAACAAUCCGUUGACCUUCUACAAAACGCAGGACACGGUCACUAGCACGAUUGGUCGAUGGAUGUAUUACAUUGACCAGUUCGACUUUGAGCCGUGCCACAUUCCCGGUGCCGCCAAUCGAGCAGCGGACGCCCUCUCACGACGGCCCGAUCUCUGUGCCCUUGUGACCACGACGUUCGACCUCGACGACGAUCAGCAACAGCAUUUCGUCAACGGCUACAAGUCCGAUCCGACGUACUCUACGCUUUAUGCUGAUCUCUCAUCUGAUCACCCGUCGACUGGUCAUUAUCGUAUCUCCGAUGGUUUCCUACUCCUUCACACGAGAGGAAAGGACUUGUUGGUGGUGCCCCAAGAUCGCAUCUUACAGACUCGUCUUCUCGGCGAAUUCCAUGACGGACGACUUUCGGCACACCUUGGCGUAAACCCCCCCGAGCUCGCUCGACUCUUGCACACCGGCUGGAUUACAUGCCACGGUGUUCCGGAAGAUAUUGUGAGCAACAGAGACACUCGCUUCAUGCCUGCAUUUUGGACUUCCCUCAUGACGGAGUCCGGUUCGACUAUGAAGCCGAGUUCCGCACGGCAGCCACAGACGGAUGGACAGUCGGAACGAGCGCAUCAAACUGCUCAAAUGAUGUUACGUACACUCAUCCGUCCCGACCAGAAAGAUUGGGUUGACCGGCUUCCCGACAUCGAGUUCGCCUAUAAUACUUCGGUGCAUCCGGCAAUCUGCCUCACUCCAUUUGAGUUACAUCACGGUGGAGAGAAGGCUCGAGUCUUCGCCGAUCUUCUUCUACCACAGGCCGCCGACAUAGACGUCGCUUGCUCUCCCGCUUCCAUUCAGAAGUAUCGGGACUUGCUGAUCAAAGCCCGCGCGAACAUGCAAAAGGCUCAAAUCCGCAUGCAGCAGCAAGCCAACCGACGUCGACUCCCAUAUCCUUUCCGCGAGGGAGACCUUGUUUGGGUCCUCGCCGAGGAAUUCGCCCUCGAGCUGGGCGUCUCGCACAAACUCCUCCCGAAAUGGUUUGGACCAUGGAAGAUAGUUUCUGCAGCACGCGAUGACCCUGCAGGUCCUUCCUUUGUGAUUGCCAUUCCACCGCACCUCUGUGUGCAUCCCGUCUUCCAUGCGUCGAAGCUGGCCAUCUACACGACACCAUCCGCAGACGAGUUCCCAGGCUGAUGAUCACAGGAUCCGCCCUCUAUGGACGGCCAUCAGGAAGUUGACCGUGUCAUCAGGCACCGCAAGUUUGGCAACAAGC